AAAUCGUUGUUUGCCAACUGCCAAUAAAACCUCAGAGAGGAAGAAGAAGAAGACGUCCCUUAUCCGGUCAGACACACAAGGUCGUCACAGCAGCAAUAGCUAAUUGCUACAAUGAUGUCCUUAGCUACCCGAUCAGGGCCCUUUUCUCCUUAUAUGCAGGCCACUGCUUUUGCUGUCGCUGGCCCCUUAAAAGCUCUGGUUCCUGGGAUUGUUUUGAAGGGAGAGAAGAUCUUGUUGAACCCGAAAGUAAAGUUCCUGUGCCGCGAGUCGCUGAACGGCCAAAGCCCAAAGACGGGCCCUGCGGUGAUGGUUAGCAUCAACGGCUGUGCAGGAGUCAGGUUUGCCCACACAGAUGUAAGGAUACCUGACUUCUCAGACUACAGGCGUUCAGAGGUGCUCGACCCCAACAGGUCAUCCCAGGAGAGUGGUGAAUCAAGGAGAGUUUUCUCCUACCUGGUCACUGGGGCCUCAACAGUGGUGGGUGUCUAUGCCGCCAAGACGGUGGUGUCUCAGUUUGUUUCUUCCAUGAGUGCCUCUGCUGAUGUCCUGGCCUUAUCCAAGAUCGAAAUCAAAUUGAGUGACAUCCCAGAAGGCAAGAACAUGACCUUCAAGUGGAGAGGCAAGCCGCUUUUUGUCCGUCACCGCACAGAGAAGGAGGUUGCCACAGAAGCUGCUGUGAACAUCGCUGAGCUGCGAGACCCUCAGUACGACAAGGACCGUGUCAUCAACCCCAGCUGGGUUAUCGUCCUUGGGGUGUGCACACAUCUGGGCUGCGUGCCAAUUGCCAAUGCUGGGGACUAUGGAGGUUACUACUGCCCCUGUCAUGGCUCGCACUACGAUGCUUCAGGCCGAAUAAGAAAGGGUCCCGCACCCCUCAACUUGGAGGUCCCCUACUAUGAGUUCCCAGAUGAUGACACGGUGGUUGUGGGAUAGAUGGCUGUGUCAGACUGAGAUCACUUAGUACAACAGCUUUUGCUCUGGCUGCAAAACAUCUAAUAUUUAUGUGAUAAAGCAAAUGUUGAGGUGUAUUUGUACUCUGUUUGUCUUACUGCUUCUUAGAGGAUUACACUGAUGACCCAAAACAUAAUGACCGACAUGGGCUCUCUUACUAGGCUGCAGUUUGUUGUGAAUUUUUUCUCCCAUAACUAACAGUUUGUGAACGGGAGCACUCUACCUGUCUCAUUGCUUCUGAGAUUUUCCAACCUACUCAUUUGCCUUUCUCUACUGCAUCCAGCAAAUAGACUGUGAGAACUGUUAAUCUGACAUUCAUCAUUUUCCAGAUGUUGACUCUUGGCAAUUUACAAGAUAAUCUAUGUCACCUGUUAACAGUCUUAAUGUUGUGGCUCAUCAGUGUAUAACUAUGUCCCAAUCUUUCCAAACAUAACAAAGUCUACCAGUGUUGACAGUCCUGAUGUAUUUAAUGUCUUGCAACAUCUUCAGGUAAUGAAAGGAGCAGUAGCUCACCCCUUAGCCUCGGUUUUUUAAUCCAUUAAUACCAACUGUCGAUAAUGGCGUCAGAGUAAAGUAUGUAAUUACUACAAGUAAUUCCAGGCAGAUACUAUCCCCUGCUAUCCCGAACAUGACAAAUGUUAAAAAGAACUGUAUAUUAUAAUAAAAAGGAAAUAGCCCAUCAAAGUAGCAAGGAACAAAUAUUGAAUUCAGGUGUUAUGGCAAUAAAUAUUUAUGUUUUAUUUGACAGCCUG